AAUGAAAGUUUGGUUUAACUGACGCAACUCCUUCGCACAGUACCGACGUCUCUGAUGUGCGUCACGGGCAGGAUGAAGACAUCUCCUGCCUUGCCAGAGGACGGGCUCUGCGAUUACAUGAUCUACAGUGCGGUCAGCGUCAGCACGAAAAGCAGCAAGAACCCGACCAACGUGACAGUCAUCAAGCGUCCAGUAGGAAACGUGGUAACCUACAAAGAAUUCAAGAAACGAGCCAAAGAAGCGAAGCGUACGAAGUUCGCCGUGUCCUUCGAAGGCGACUUCUUGGUUCACGGAGAGAAGUACGUGCACAUGUACCCCAGGGAGAUAUUCGUGCCUUUCAUUGACGGAAACAUCAAGGGCUUCGGUGUGGCCUACCUCAACAUGGACAUUACAACCUACCUGAAGCACCAUCAAAGCCGCAUCGAGUACACCAUCACUCGCAUGGAUGUCGUCGUGAAGAAGCUGGACAAGUCUGCCUACAGCUUCUUCAUCAUCGCUGCUCUCGCGCCCAAAGGAGAGGACAGGAGCACCUUUGCCAACCAACUUUACGACACCGUACACGAGUACCCAACAGUGUUUGUCAGCCAUCUCACAAACACGAAGGCCAAGCCCUGCCGGGUGCUGCCUUCGAGCUUCUGGAAGUACGAGGACACCAACAACUCCUACAUCGCCAGCAUCAAAGACGCCCUGCGCAUGAAGCGCGUGAUUAACCGGUACGACAUUCACCACGUCGUGUCCUUCACGGCGGCAGUCUUCUCGUUCACCAUCACCAAGAAGACGGCAAAGAACAUCGAUGGCUGGACCAACCUGCAGUGUGCGCGGUGCCAGGUUUUCUCGAUGAACGACGUUUGCAAAGGGGUCAACUUCACGGUAGGUACGAAGGGAAAGAAGGUCGGGAUACACUACGACUACAGAGAAACCGACAGAACCUGGAGGACCUACGAAACCCAAGAAUCCAUAUCAAGAAAGCUGCAGCUGGCGUUUUCUCACAUGAGAGCCCACGGGAACACGGGAACCGGAGUUGCCAUGUUCGACAUCGACGCCGACGAAGCGAGAAAGUGCGGUGCCACGUACCGGUACCGGAGGCUGAAACAUCUCAAAGACGCCAUGUUGAGGCUAAGGCAAAUCAACGAGGACCAGAAUAAACCAGCUGCCAUCUGACUGCCGCUAUGAUCGAGCGCUGAUUACGUAGUUCAGUGUAGCUUUUUCUAAGUGACAGCUGCGCCGAAUUUGAUGAGGUUGGUUGCACUUAAAAGAAUAAGUAACUCUCUAGUGACUAUUGGAAGCAGUUUCUUUGUUUAUGUCAACUUUUUUUUUAAAUAAAAAUUGCACAAUGUCGCAAAUUUUCAGAAAACGAAACUAGAAUGUUUGCAACUCUGACAACAGUGAAAAAUUGCAUCACAAUUCUGAAACUUCCAUCUAAUGGCACAGC